AUGAGCUCCAUCGCCGCAACUGCGUACUCGUCCCCAGAGUACACCCACUGCAUUCGAGAUCCGCGCUUUCGCCAGAACGUCUACGAGCCUGAAGCGGACACGUUUCUCUUGCUAGAAGCUCUCGACAGGGAUGCCGAGCUGCUUCACUCGAUUGAACCGGACCUCUGUGUGGAGGUUGGGUGCGGCUCCGGAACCGUUAUCACACAUCUACGAUCUCUACUACUGUCGUCCGUCACAGCGGCAGCUACACAGGGGAUCGAUGUGGUAAAGCCCGAGCUCAGCUGUCGCACGAGCGGCACACGCAGAGCUGUUGGCGGGCCAAUGUUUUGUGCCGUGGAUGUAAACCCGCUGGCUCUCGAGGCCACCGCGAUUACUUGGACAGAAACUCUUCUCAAGAACUUUAGGGAGACGAUUCUGAUCGACUUCUACGAACGUGUUUUUCAGAGCGCCGUCCCAGCCACGCUGGCGACGUCAGUGGUACCUUCAGAUGAGGGAGCUGCACCGCCAUCGCAGCUUGUGAAUGCCGACAGUGCGACAUCUUCUGUGCUGUCUGCGUCGACUUUCUGCCUUCAUUGUUUUCACGGAGAUCUCUUCAACGCUCUGUCACAUGGGGAAUUGGCAUCUGCGCUGUUCGACGUUGUCCUUUUCAACCCCCCGUACGUCCCGACGUCGCUCGAGGAGUUGCAGGACGCCAUUGCCCAAAGAGACGUGAUCACCACAGCGUGGUGCGGCGGACCACGAGGACGCGUUGUACUCGACCAGUUCCUGCUUCAGCUUCCCUCCGUGCUCUCACGGCGCGGCGUGUGCUACGUGGUGUUGAUCAAAGAAAACGAUGUGGCAGAUGUAGUGGCGUUUGCCCAAGCUUCGUUUCGCGAACAUCUGCGUUGCGUCGAGAUGGAAGGUGUGAAGGAUGAGGAUGAUGUGCUGGAGGCCUCGGAGGUGGCAGCGCGCUACACAGGCGAGCAUCUAAGCGUGUGGCGACUGCGCUACUUGCCCCGAUUUCAAAAGCCAUGA